GCUUCGCCGAAGCCGGGCCCCUCCGGGCCGACUGCCUCCGCCUCGCCCGCAAAGUGUCCCUCCUCGUCCACCUUCUCGAGGAGAUCCGGGACUCCGCAGCCGCGGCCAAUCCGACUCCGCCCUCUUCUCCCGUGGCGUCCUCUUCUUCCCGGACCUCUCCUUCCUCGUUCUUGGCCGAUCUGACGGCGGCUCUCGAGGCAGUCGAGCGGUUUCUCAUUCUUGCUUGCCGGCCUCCUUCGGCUGAUGCCCCCAAUAUCUCCACAGCAUAUUACAUGUUGGUAUGAAUUACUCAACAAGAGGGAGGGCAAUCUAAACCUGGAUAUGAUCAACAAACAUAUGGCAGUCCAGUGUCAAUAUGCGACAUGGCAAUUGGAGAAGACUCUUGGAAACUUACCAUCUGAUUAUUUUGACAUAUCAGAUGAAGUCCAAGAACAAGUUGAAUUGGUGCGUGCCCAGCUGAGAAGGGCAGCAGAGAAGGACAAAUCAAAUCUACAAAUCUUUUCAGAAAUUUAUGAUAUACUCUUCCAUGUGCGUUGUGAAGAGGUUAUGUUGCAGUCAUCAAGCUGUCACAAAGCAUUGAAGAAUGACAACCCAGGCCAUGCUGAUAUUGAUUUCCAGAAAAUAAUAGUUCUAGUUGCCGAAGUUAAUGGAAGGUCUGAACCUGAGGCCAAGGAAAUAGAAUCCAUUCUGUUGGGAAGACUCCAGAAAGCUGGACUUGGUGAUCCUGAUAAAACUGUUGGAGAUGAUAUGAAGUCUAGCAAUGAUGCCCAAAAGACUUUUGAUGAAAUCAAGAAACCGGAUUCCCCGGAGAUUCCACGGGACUUCCGCUGCCCAAUAUCCCUUGAACUGAUGAGAGAUCCCGUCAUUGUUGCCACUGGACAGACUUAUGAGAGGUCUUCUAUUCAGAGAUGGAUAGACUGUGGCAACCGGUCAUGCCCAAAGACUCAGCAGAAGCUCCAACACCUUACAUUAACCCCUAACUAUGUGCUGAGAAGUCUCAUCAUGCAGUGGUGUGAAGAAAACGGGAUUCAGAGACCACAUGGAUUAACCAGUGGAAGGAUAAGAAAGAGCAAUGGAUCUUACCAUGAAAUUUGUGGGGACACAGCCAAAAUUGAGGCACUGGUUCACAGUCUCUCAAGUAGCUCCAUGGAGGAGCAGAGGUCUGCUGCUGCUGAAAUCCGAUCGCUGGCGAAAAGGAGCACAGAUAACAGAAUUCUGAUAGCAGAGGCAGGUGCUAUCCCAGUUCUAGUUACUCUUUUAUCAGCAGAUGACCCAAAAAUCCAAGAACAUGCAGUGACAUCUAUCUUGAACCUCUCAAUAUAUGACAACAACAAGGGAAUAAUAAUGCUUGCUGGAGCCAUUCCUCCAAUGAUCAAAAUACUUAAUUCUGGAAACAUGGAGGCGAGAGAGAAUGCUGCAGCAGCCAUUUUUAGCUUGUCACUUGUGGAUGAGAAUAAAAUAACCAUCGGAGGCACACCAGGAGCAGUUGAAUCAUUGGUUAAGUUGCUCCAAAAUGGUAGCCCAAGGGGGAAAAAAGAUGCUGCGACAGCUUUGUUCAACUUGUGCAUAUAUCAUGGCAACAAAGUUCGUGCUGUGUGGGCUGGGAUACUGACACCUUUACUUGAUAUGCUAAAGGAUCCUUCCAGCAAUUGCAUGACAGAUGAGGCAUUGACGAUAUUAUCAGUUCUUGUGAGCCAUCAAGAGGGCAAGGUGGCUGUAGUUAAAGCUAACAUGAUCCCACUUCUGAUAGACCUUUUGAGGACUAGCCAGCCACGCAAUAAGGAGAACUCAGCAGCCAUAUUACUAGCCCUUUGUAAGAAAAAUCAUGAGAACCUUGAAUGUAUAGCGCGGCUAGGUGCUCUUAUACCAUUGACUGAGUUGGCAAGAAGUGGUACAGAUAGAGCCAAGCGUAAGGCUACUUCUCUGCUAGAGCAUCUGAAUAAGUUGCAGACGCACUAGGUGAGUUUUCUUUGUGAUUGUGUUGGAUACCGAAAAAUUGUACGUUUGUAUAACUGUCUCAUUUGCGUGCAAAACCAGUGGAUGACAAGUCAUGUAUACUGGUUUAUGAAUUAACUUCAUUCUUUACAAGAGUCCGUGCAGGUUUCCUCUGUAUCUUCUUCGAAGUGAUGUUGUACAAUUUCAUUCUGGGAGCUGGUUGUGGGAUAUGAAAAAUUGGAGUGGUCUUCACUGUUCUUUGCAUCUGCUGAACAUUUGUGAUGAUUUUUUUCAAGUUAUGUUGCUUUUUGUUGGAAUCUUCUGCAAUGAAAUAACCUUUCACAAUCAUGUAAUUGUCUGUCAUCUUCUUCUAGGUCAGUGGAUUCAAUCAAUGUGUGUGGAAGUGUAGUAUGAAGCAGUAUAGAGAAUCCAUUGUUUCUACUUAUUGAAUUAUUUUUUUUUUUCCUGAGUUGAAAAGGAGACUGUUGCGCAAAAGCACUAUUGAAGUGAAUUGUAAUUGGUUUGGUUACCUGUCUAACUAGCUGUAUAAAAGCGGCGGGAAAACAUGAGAGUGUUUAACCCUCA